UGAUUCCAAAUAAAGCCGCGCAUGCUGGUGGUCUUGGACGGCAAUCUUGACCCUUCAUUCAUUCAUCUCAUUGUCCGUUAUCAUUAUGCGGACUUCACUAUUUAAGCUUGCGAGCCCCCUUGUGCUGCUGGGGGCAGAAGUGGGUGCCUUGCAGAUCCCUCUCAUCCAAUGGGAGCGAUUCUCUGGGUCCCAAGCUCCCUUGGCUGACAAGGAGCUGGUCAGUUCCUCCGCAUUCCAGGCAAAGGUUCAUGCCGAGAACUUGUUCGAGAGAGCCAAAGAUCUGUACAAGAUUGCGGAGCUGGGAGAGAGCGAAUACGGUCAUCCCACUCGAGUCAUCGGAAGUAAAGGACAUCUUGGGACCAUUGACUAUAUCUAUUCGACGCUGAUCAACUUGGGUGACUACUAUACCAUCACGAACCAGUCGUUUCCUGCUGUGGCGGGUGAUGUUUUUGAGUCGCGCCUUGUGCUUGGCCAUGAAGUACCCAAAUCGGCACAGCCAAUGGGACUGACACCUCCGACUAAACACAAGCAGCCCGUGUACGGGUCAGUGGUAGCUGUGUCUAACUUUGGUUGCGACGCAUCGGAUUACCCGUCUAAUCUAGAGGGCGCUGUCGCUUUCAUUAGCCGGGGUGACUGUCCGUUUGGCACCAAGUCAGAACUGGCCGGCAAAGCCGGCGCGAUCGCGGCGGUUGUAUAUAACAACGAAAAGGGUUCCGUCAGUGGCACGCUGGGAACACCGACUCCCGACCAUGUGGCUACAUUUGGUAUAUCCGAUUCCGAUGCAGCCCCGAUUCUGAAACAACUCGGAAAGGGUGAAAAGGUCGACGCUAUUGCCUACAUGGACGCGGUGGUCGAGAGGAUCCUCACCACGAACAUCAUUGCCCAAACCACGGAAGGCGAUCCCGAUAACUGCGUGAUGCUUGGUGGUCAUAGUGACAGCGUGGCGGAAGGUCCCGGCAUCAACGACGAUGGCUCUGGUAGCCUUUCUCUUUUGGAGCUCGCCACGCUUCUGACCAACUUCCGAGUGAACAACUGCGUGCGCUUUGCAUGGUGGGCUGGGGAGGAAGAAGGCCUGCUGGGUUCCGACUAUUACGUCUCAGUUCUCUCAGCUGAGGAGAACCAAAAGAUCCGGCUUUUCAUGGAUUAUGACAUGCUCGGCUCGCCAAAUUUCGCAUACCAGGUCUACAAUGCUACCAAUGCGGUCAACCCUGUUGGCUCGGAGGAGCUGCGCGAUCUCUACACCGACUUCUACGAGGCACAUGGGUUUAAUUACACAUACAUUCCAUUUGACGGACGUAGCGAUUACGAUGCGUUUAUCAGACAUGGUAUCCCUGGCGGCGGUAUUGCAACUGGCGCCGAGGGAGUCAAGACGCCAGAGGAAGAAAAGAUGUUCGGUGGCCACGCUGGAGAGUGGUACGACCCAUGCUAUCACCAGCUAUGCGACAACAUCGGAAACGUAAAUCUGACCGCAUGGGAGUUGAACACAAAGCUUGUGGCGCACUCGGUCGCGACCUACGCUCAGUCCUUUGACGGAUUCCCGGAACGCAUCGAGACGACAGCCAACGCACUCUUCGAUGCGACACCGAUGAAAUACCACGGUCCUUCCCUUGUAAAGUAAUCAACAGUGAUGGGAUCUCCCCCUGCUCGAUGACCAGUGGGUCCAAGUUGUGCAAGGAUCUGUGGAUAAGGUGAGG